CUGUACACAUCCUUCGGUGGCACGAAUGGAGAUCGAGCGAUCAGAUAUCUGAGUGAUGUCUGCCAGAGCCUCAUGGGUAUAGGUGAAGAAACCAGCGAAUCUGCCUCGGCUAUUUCACUAGACACGGUGAAAUUGCUGUUAAAUGCCCUUUACCAGCUCUUGUCAAGGGUCCGACGCGCUCGAUUUCACGAUGAACUUCCCGUACUACUCAACCUAUCCCGCGAACUGGCCUCUAAAAUAACGGAAGAAUGCUCGAAAGCCGACCUCGAUGGACUUCAGAGCAGAAUAGAAGUCAUGCAGAGCCUGGUAACUAGCGCAAGCCGCAACCUUGUUACGCCCAGGGUGCACGAGGGAGAUCCCCAGAGGACUCGGCCAGUUCUGUCGUCUUUUCCAAUGGAUGUGCAAACACCUGGCGGAAGACACGACAACGACCUGGCAGAUAUAUCCGAAAUUCUGAUUCUACCUACUCUUGGGGAGAUUGUCAACAUCAAUCCAGAAUACCUACCCUCUACCAAUUUCCUACAACCGCACUUUCUCGCCGACCCUUUGCAAAGAUAUAUUGAUUCAAUGUUCCGACUGCUACGCCACGAUAUCUUUGGCUCAGCGAAAGAUGUUCUGAGGGGUCUGCAGCAGCAGACUGAUUUAACACAAAGUCCUUAUCCAUCAUGCAAGGACAGCGCGGCACAUCUCUACCCGGGGGCACAGGUUCAGCACAUAUUUAUCAAUGGUAGGAAUGAGCUUGAAGCAAUUGUAUCCUUUUCUAUUCCACCACAGCUCCGCAAAAGGGCCUCCAAAGAGCAAUCCAAAUGGUGGGAAGACUCUAGUCGACUUGAUGAGGGAAGCCUCAUCUGCUUUUUGACGUCCCAAGGAACUCAUAGAAAGCUUAUCUUCCUCGAAGUGACCGUGAAGAAUGCUUCCAAAAACCAAGCGCACCAGAACAAGAGCAGUCUUGUGUCUGACAGACAUUCACCUAGUAUUACGGUCAAACUUGCGGCUUGUUUACAACAUGAAUUAAUGUUCCUGGGCCAGCUUUACAGUGAGAGACUCACUGGCAUUCUGGUUGAAUUCCAUGGCCUGAUCCCUGCCACGUUCGUCCCUAUCCUGGAAAACCUGCAACAAAUCCAACGCGAAGGGGAUUUGGCAUUCCGAAAGUGGGUCUUGCCAGACUCCAAGAGUGAUGAAGAUCGACACAAUGUCCCCCCACCAGCAUAUGCGCGUAAAUCAGGGUUUAUCUUUCCCCUGACUUCGAUCUCAACCCCUACCGCUGACAGCGUUGCAUUGGAUCCAAGCACCCCUGAGUCUGUUGACACCUUGAAGCUGCAAGCUCAGACUGGUCUAGAUUAUGGCCAGUGUCAGGGACUUAUCGCAGCUCUCACACGAGAGUAUGCCCUAAUCCAAGGCCCACCAGGCACCGGAAAGUCCUAUUUAGGCGUUAAGGUUGUCCAAACUCUGCUUGAAAUUAAGAAAAAUGCAAACCUUAAGCCGAUCAUUGUGAUGUGUUAUACCAACCAUGCCUUGGACCAAUUCUUAAAGCACCUUCUUGGUGUAGGCAUCCAGAAAGUGAUACGCAUUGGUGGCCGCAGUCAAGCCCCCGAGCUUGAAGGCAAGAACCUUCGCGUUGUCAGUAAAGACUUUGGGAAGACGAAGGUAGAGUCGCAGACCCUCGGCAAGUCCUACGGGGAACUCGAAGCUCACAUUGAAGAUGCUGGAUAUGCAAUGAAACCUCUACACCAGUCUCAAAAGGGCCUAUCUUGGGCCGCUAUGGGAAACUUCGUGCGCAGAAAAUGGCCUGCUAUACAUGAGCAGCUUGACCGACCGGAUCUGGAAGGUUUCACAACUGUCACGGAUGACAAAUUGCUUCAUUGGCUUGGGGUCAAAUCGAAGAGAAUCCAGAAAGUUCAGAACGAGGAUGAAGUUGAUGUUGUGCGCUUGGAACGCUUGACACGUGCUGCCCAGGAAGAUAUUCAUACUCUCACAAAGCCGGAACGCCAGAUUCUUGCAAUAGAGUGGUUCAAACAGUGGCGGGAAAGCGAAAUUGCCCGGAUAUUUGAAGCCAUUGAUCACGCCGCGAGCCUUCGCAACGACAUCAAUGCAGUCCAUGAUGAGGUCAAUCGCCGAGCCCUGAUUCAAGCAGAUGUGAUCGGAAUCACGACAACAUCCCUUGCACGCCACAUUAAGACAUUGCGCCGCUUAGGAUCAAAGGUCAUUAUAUGCGAGGAAGCAGCAGAAGUGAUGGAAGCCCACGUCAUCUCAGCCCUCAUGCCAGGUGUUGAGCACUUCAUUCAGAUUGGAGAUCAUCGACAGCUGCGACCCCAGAUUCAAAAUUAUUCGCUCAGUCUUGAAUCAUCCACAGGAAUGGCAUGGCAGCUAGACAGAAGCCAGUUUGAGAGACGCGCUCUCGGCGAGCCAGGUCUCAAGCCUGCCCCUAUUGCACAGCUUAAUGUACAGCGAAGAAUGAGACCCGAAAUCUCGCAACUUAUCAGGAGAGUCUAUCCCAAACUCGAGGACCAUGAAAGCACCACAGCUUUACCCAAUGUUGUUGGAAUGAGGGACAACCUCUUCUGGCUGGACCAUCAAUGCGAGGAAGACUCGAGAGAUGACGGCAGCCGUGUCAAGUCUCAUAGCAACCAGUGGGAGGUCGAUAUGGCUACUGCUCUUGUUCGGCAUCUUGUUCGGCAAGGAGAGUACAAUAGCACGGAUAUUGCCCUCUUAACCCCAUAUACCGGGCAGUUGCGGAAGCUCAGGGCAUCGCUUAGCAAAGAUUUCGAGAUUUGCCUCAGCGAGCGAGACCUAGAAACCUUGGCUGCAGAUGGGUUUGAGAAGGUGGAAGAUGAGGAUCCAGAGUCAAAUAGUCGCAAGGCACUUGAGAAAAAGACAUUGCUUCAGACGCUCCGCCUUGCCACAGUCGACAAUUUCCAAGGCGAGGAGGCAAAAGUGAUAGUGGUCUCCCUAGUUCGCAGCAACAAAAAGCGCAAGGUUGGCUUUCUGCGCACCGAGAACCGCAUUAACGUGCUCCUCAGCCGGGCUCAACAUGGCAUGUACCUCAUCGGAAAUGCCGAAACUUAUCUCAAUGUGGAAAUGUGGGCCGAUGUCCACUCUCAGCUCUCCCGUGCGAAUGCAGUUGGUACGGAGCUGGUUCUGUGCUGUCCUCGCCAUCCAGAUACGUCUAUUCGAUGCUCUGAGCCUCACGACUUUGAAAGGAAGAGUCCAGAGGGUGGGUGCAGUCUCCUGUGCGACCGACGACUUGAGCCAUGUGGCCAUCAAUGCCAGGCCAAGUGCCAUUCGACGGUCAUGCACGACGGCUUUGCGUGCGGAAAGCCUUGCCCACGUAUCCGAUCAACCUGUCACCAUGAAUGCCCUAAGCUUUGUGGUGAAGAUUGUGGCCUUUGUUUGACGAAGAUUCAGGACGUUGAGCUUCCUUGUGGUCAUAUCAAGAAGGUCGUCUAUUGCCAUCAUAUGUUGAACCUGGAGCUCAUCAAUUGCGAUGUUGAGGUUGAAAAGACCGUUCCUAAGUGUGGCCAUAAAAUCAAGAUUGGCUGUUUUAAGGAUGUCACGUCCCCGAUGUUCCGUUGCCCUGAGCCAUGCACCGAUAUCCUCAGCUGUGGCCACAACUGCAGUGAUUACUGUGGAAAUUGUCUCCAGAAAGUUGUUGACGGAAGAAGAAUAACCAAGCAUCCGAAGUGCACAAAAAUAUGUGACCGUCCGCAUGGUGUUUGCAACCAUAGGUGUCCCAAAGAAUGCCAUGAUGGGGAAAGCUGCGGUUCCUGCGAGGCAAAGUGCGAAGUCCGAUGCUCGCAUUCAGCAUGCGACUCAACUUGCGAAAAGGCAUGUGCACCAUGCAUCGAGAAAUGCACCUGGUCCUGCGCCCAUCAAGGCUCCUGCUCAAUGCCUUGUGCGGCACCAUGCAAUCGACUUCCCUGCGAUGAGCGAUGCACUAAAAAUCUUGAAUGCGGCCACCAGUGUCCAAGCCUCUGUGGGGAAGAUUGUCCAAACAAUCUGUGUCAAAAGUGCGGCGACAAGAGUGAUGCUCGUGUUGACUUCAUCGAAAUGAAAGACUAUUCCGAAAUCAACCUCGAUGAAACUCCGAUUAUCGUGCUUGGAUGCGGUCAUUUCUUUACAAGUGAGUCGGUUGAUGGAUUGGUUGGCCUAGAUCAAGUAUACACAAGGGAUAAAGAUGGAAAGUUCGAAGACCUCCGCGAUCUCUCUUCUUCUCUCGCCACAGCCAUACCCUCGUGCCCUGACUGUAAACAGCCCAUUCGCCAAUUUGUGACGAAACGUUAUAAUCGUGUUGUCAAUCGUGCUGUCAUGGACGAGACUUACAAGCGGUUCCUUGCCAAAGGUCGCAUAGACCUCGCAAACCUUGAAUCGCGUCUGAAUGAUAUUGAGCACAAGCUCAACUCCAAGGGGGCGUUUCUGCUCCCUGGGAACGCCGCUGCAAAGCUCAAAGCACUUGAAAUAGAGGCCUUGAAACUUAGCAAAACCAUGCAGGCCGAGAAUCAGCCGAUGAAACGACUCAUGGAUGCGAUCACCACCAGCCAGAAACUGGAACAGGACGAAAUUGCCUCCCUAUCAGCCAGAAUGGAGGCAACAAAUCUAUCAAUCCAGGAACCUGAUAGUCAAAUUACUCUCGGCGCAAGGCUUAUUCAGAUGAAAUCCCAAGAAAUUGCAAUUAGCCAUUUGUUUAAAGUUGCGGAGUCAAGAAAAGAUCCUCCAGAAGCACGGCCAGGUGUUAUCAAAGUAUCACCAAUGUUGACUCGAGUGUUGGAAAAUUACCGAGACUUGAUAGCUCAGGCGCAUGAGCGAAGUCUCUACCGCAUCGUCAUCACGGCAACCAUCUCAUUCGCGAAAAUCGCCCAGCUGGACGCGUGGUAUCGCCGCACUCAUCCAGCAAAAUCAACAUCGGAUCUGAAUCCCAAAGAAGCUAGCGCCAAUCCUGGAAAGCUCGAAAAUCGCACUGAAACCAUCCGCGAUCUCCUCACCACUGCGUUAAAACUAUGCGACGGACUGGGGAGCUGCCCCGAGCUCCAAGAACAGGUCCAGGAAAUGACCCGUCUCUACGAAGGGCCGCGAUAUGAGACAGUGACUUUGGAAGAAUUGGAAUCAAUCAAGACGGCCAUGGUCAGUGGGCGAAGAGGAAUAACGACUCACUCUGGGCACUGGUACAAUUGCGUCAACAGACAUCCGUUUGCUAUUGGAGAGUGUGGUAUGCCGAUGGAGCAAGCUAGAUGCCCAGAGUGCGGAGCACCUAUUGGAGGUCAAAACCACGCGGCCGUUGCGGGCGUAUCUCGAGCGCGGGAAAUGGAAUAG